AUGCGAAUUCGCGAGAAAGAAGCAAAAAGCAAAUUUGGUGCUGAAUUUCGUCGAUUUGAACUAGAUCGAGCAAAAAAUAUCAGAUACGACGAAUUUUAUAAAUUUUUAGAAGAAUUACAUUUCCUUCAAAACAUUCCCUUCAAUAUUACAUACCUGGAUAAAGAUGGUGAAUUAUUAUCAAUUAACAACGAUAGCAUUAUUGAACACAUAUUACGUGUGACACCUGGUGAAUCAUAUCAAUCAACAAAUGCAACAGAUUCUCUAAGAAAACGUAAAAAAAUAUCGGAUCAAAUACAAUCAUUAAUUCAUGCGGAUUCAUCUAAAAGACAUAACUAUAAUGAACGUUCUCAACAAUUAAAUAUUGAACUUCAACCCGAUUUUCGUCUUGUUUCAUCCAUCAUUGAUGUUGAAAUAUUGCCUGUUACAUAUCGUCGUGUUCGUUUACAUCGAUAUAAAGAAAGUAAACCGUUAGGAUUUUAUAUUCGAGAUGGUGUAGCUGUUAAAAUGGGAACAAAUGGUAUUGAAAAUGUACCGGGUGUAUUUAUAUCACGUUUAUUAAGUGGUGGUUUAGCUGAAAGUACGGGUUUAUUGAGUGUAGGAGAUGAAAUUAUUGAAGUGAAUGGUAUCGAAGUAGCUGGUAAAACGUUAGAUCAAGUAACAGAUAUGAUGGUAGCUAAUAGUCAUAAUCUAAUAAUAACUGUUCGUCCAGCAAAUGACACAUACAAUUUAAAACGGAAUACAAAUGUUAGUAAUUCAAAAAAUUCUUUAAAAAUAAAUUCAAAUCAAAAUGUAGAUAUGAAUAAUACAAAUAAUAAUAAUACAACUUAUUCAACAAAUCAAAAUUCAUCGUUAGACGCUGGUGGAAGUGACGAUGACGAAGUUGAAACACAUCGUCAUAAUCAUUCAUCGUUACAUGACACUAAAAUUGAACAAGAACAAAAACCACCAUCUAUUUUAAAAUUGUAA